GUUGGUUUGUUAUAAUGCGCUAGCCAUAUUUGUACUCUCGAUCCAAGACUGGUGCGGCGUUUUAUAUGAUAUUCAUUGAACUGUUAGAGCUGAAAUCACACAACUUUGUAAUUUGUGUUACGACAAAAUUAUCACCAGGCAGACCAAAGCUCAUUUGAGGCCCAAAAUUACAUUCGAUGAAAGAUGAAUCCCGCAAACUUGCUAUCAGCAGCAAAGUCUGGAACCACUAGCAGUAUAUUGGAUUUUCUACGGAAACCUGUCAGCAUUCUGAGGCUUGUCUCAAUCCUAGUGUCUGUGAUAGUCUUUGGUUCUAUAUCAUCAGGUUGCCAUACGCAUCAAGGUAUUUGCAUUUUUGGCACAACGUCUAGUGCUUGUAAUCUCCCCGUUGCAAUCGGCGUCUUUGCCUUUCUUGGAGAAAUUCUUUUUCUCAUUAGCGAUUUUAUGUUUGAUUCAAUUUCCAACAUUAAAAGACGGAAACAUAUUAUAAUUGGUGAUUUGGGUUUCUCAGGUUUGUGGACAUUUCUAUGGUUUGUGAGCUUUUGUCUACUUGCUAACAAAUGGACAAACACUUCUGAUGAAUGGCUUGGGCAACACAAAGUAGAAGGAUGGCAGGAAAGUAAUGCUCGUUCAGCGAUAGUCUUCUCCUUCUUGUCCAUUGCAAUUUGGGGUGGAAUCACAUUUUUCGCAUUGCAACGAUUUCGAAUAGGCCAAGCUGGUCUCACUCCAGAAGAAGGACUAGGUGAACCUGGUUCAACUAUGGAUCCAAAUACUGGUGUUCCAGGUCAGCCAUAUCCUGGUAUGAUGUCUGACCCGAUGAGCCAGCAGCAGCAACAACCUUAUGGUGGAAAUAUUCAACAGCCACCUGUAGGUGGUGUCGGCGGUCAAUAUUACGGACCAACCUAUUAACAAACUAAAGGGAGUCCUAAUCUAGAAGUUUAACAGCAAUGAUACUAUUAUUUGAUUUCAUUUGAUUUUAUGGUUUUAAGUUGAAACGUGGUUGAAUCUUGACUUCUUAUGUGUAGUUGAUGUCGUUAUUGUUAUUUAUCAUUCCAUUGGUUAUUAUUAUUCUGAGUUCUUUUUAUACCAUUGACUUGAUUUCAUUUUUUUAUUUAUAUAUUGCUCUACUUCUUUUAUGACUGAAAAUGGGGUCAGGGAUGGGAGGGCGCGAGUCAAACAAUCGCAGAGACAAAUCCAUAUCGUUAGUUUAAACUGUUUCUCCUCCGUUCUCUUAGACAUUCCAUUAAACCGUGAUACAUUUUCUUGUGAAUUUAUAUUUAAAGCAUUUUUCGAACAUAUAUAUAUACUUAUAUUUCUUGUUUCAGUGAUGUUGUCCUUUUUAUGUUCAGUUGCUUUUAGUCGUAUUUAGCAUAAUAUUUGAAUAUAUAAACAAAUAUGCAUAAAACAUGUAUAUCACCAACAGUAAAUAAACAAGACUUCUAUUAA